CGACCAUGAAGAUGGCGCAGCUUAUGGUAUUUUUGCUGUUUUCUCAGUAAUUUCCUGCCGCAGCUCUUCGCUACAUCCAAUAUGUUGUAACUACCGAGCGAUUAGGCCAAUUGUCGCUGCGCGGAAGCCCCAGCUGAGCAGCAGCCGAGGAGGAAGAGCGAAGAAACGACGCGAAGAGGCUGCGAGGAGAGCCGAAACCCCUUAAAACAGCGGCUGCAGUAACACCUUUUUGUGGCAAACAGAAAAACGAUCACCGUGUGCGUGUGCGUACGUGCGUGUGCGUGCCUGCGUGUCUCUGUGUGUGUCUGUGCGCGUUGCAUGAGGUGGACAGGGAGACUGCAUCAGACUGGAGACACACGCCGGGACAUAAUAGAGCAGAGACACUGAGCCUUUCAGCCUUUUCCCCAGCGCGUAUUCCGCUCGAAACAUGUAGUCUGGACAACCACAGGAUCAGCCGAGUCUGUUUCAUUCGUAGCCUUUUUCCCACCCCAGCAGCAUCAUCUCACGAUAACGACAUAAUGUGGCUUGCUCUACCAGAGGGGAAAUAAUCAAAUAUGUGGAUACCAACAGAAGAGGAGAAAAUCGGAGUUGUGAUCUGCAACUUCCGGUCACCAAUAUGUCAGGCUCUCGUCCUGGAGCUGGGAGAAACCGUCCAGAUCCUGGAGAAGUUUGACGGUUGGUACAGAGGCUUUUCUACCAAGAAGCCAUCCAUCAAGGGUAUUUUUCCUGUCAGCUAUGUCCACUUAAAGAAAUCUACUGUGACAAAUAGAGGGCUGUGUGAGACAGUGGUGCCUCUGGAGGAUCCCAUCAUCACAGAGACCACCUCUACGCUGCAGGAAUGGGGCAUUCUGUGGAAGCAGCUCUAUGUGAAACACAAGGUGGAUCUGUUUCAUAAACUGCGCCAUGUGAUGAACGAGCUCAUCGACCUGCGUCGGCAGCUCAUCCAGGGCCACCUCGCUCAGGACCAGACUCGAGAGAUCAAGAGGCACAUCACCGUACGGCUGGACUGGGGAAACGAGCACCUCGGCCUGGACCUCGUUCCCAGGAAAGAGUUUGAAAUGGUGGAUCCUGAUCAGAUCAGCGUGUCGGAGUUAUACAAACUGCAUGUAUCCAGCAGACACUGUGGUCAGCAAAGCACAAACCAGGGUGACAGCAUGAGGCAGCGUCACGGCGAUGGUUGUCGCAUCCCCGUGUCACACCACCUCUUCAUUAAUCUGAAGAGCUUCACCUACAACAGCAUCAGUGAAGAUGCAGACGUCUUCUUCUCUCUAUAUGACUCUCGUGAAGCCAAACAAAUCAGUGAGAAGUUCAUGGUGAAACUGAAUAAAAAUGGAGGACCAAAGAAUCCAGAGAAGGUUGAUCGCCUUUGUGCACUCUUUACGGACCUAAGCAGUAAAGAUUUGAAGAGAGACCUAUAUAUUGUUGCACAUGUAAUAAGAACUGGUCGCAUGCUGCUGAAUGACUCAAAGAAAGGCCCGCCACACGUCCAGUAUAGACGACCUUACGGAUGUGCCGUGCUUGCCAUGAGCGAUGUUUUCCACACCAUUACAGACCUCAAAGAGGAGAAGGACUUUGUGCUCAAAGUUUACACUUGCAACAACGAAAAUGAGUGGUACCAGGUCCACGAGAACAUCAUCCGCAAGUCCAACACCAAGUACUCAGCGCCGAGCACCAAUUAUGGCCUCAUCAUUUCGCUGCAGCUGCUGCGAGGUGAGCUGGAGCAGAUCAGACGGGAGAACCAGGCUGUGUUCAACAGGGCGUUGGCACUCACACGCAAACUGGGUUUCCCAGAUGUCAUCUUGCCAGGUGAUACACGCAAUGACCUGUAUCUGACCCUGGAACGAGGAGAGUUUGAGAGGGGUGGCAAGAGUGUCCAGAAGAACAUUGAAGUCACCCUGUAUGUUCUCUACGCUGACGGGGACACGCUCAAAGACUGCAUCAGCUUGGGCACCGGCGAGCCGAACACCUCAGAGUAUCGCUCGUUCGUUCUUUACCACAACAACAGCCCUCGCUGGAGCGAGAUGGUCAAGCUGCCCAUCCCUAUCGAUCGUUUCAGGGGGUCCCACCUUCGCUUUGAGUUCAGACACUGCUCAACUAAAGACAAAGGAGAGAAAAAAUUGUUUGGUUUUGCCUUCACUCCUCUGAUGAGAGAGGAUGGGACCACACUCUCAGAUGAGGUCCAUGAGCUGUAUGUGUACAAGUGUGAUGAAAAUGCCACAUUCAGUAACCAGGGGCUGUACCUGAGCCUCCCCUGCUGCAAGGAGGACUUCAACAGCUGCCCCAACAUGCCAGCCAACCUGCCGUUCCAGAGGAGCCCUAAAGAAACAUUCUGGGUCUCCACCAUCCUCUGCUCCACAAAACUCACUCAAAACGUGGAUCUCCUGGCUCUUCUGAACUGGAAGGCCCAUCCGGACAGGGUGUUGGACAUCCUCGGUCGACUGCGACAGAUCAGCGGAGAGGAGAUUGUGAAGUUCCUGAGAGAUGUCCUGGAUACUCUUUUCUGUCUUUUAGACGACAACACGGAUAAAUACGGACCACUCGUUUUCCAGUCUCUGGUGUUCAUCAUUAACCUGCUCAGGGACAGCCGGUUCUACCACUUCAGACCAGUAAUAGACUCCUACAUCCAAAACCACUUUGCCGGCGCUUUGGCGUACAAAGAAUUGAUUCGAUGCCUGAAGUGGUACAUGGACCGCUCGGCUGAGGUAGUCCGACAGGACCACAUACAGGAAGCGAUGAGGGCAUUGGAGUAUCUGUUCAAGUUCAUAGUCCAGUCUCGCAUCCUGUACUCGAGGGCCACCUGUGGGAUGGAGGAGGAGCAGUUCAGGGCCAGCAUCCAGGAGCUUUUCCAGUCCAUCCGCUUUGUCCUGAGUCUGGACAGCCGCAGCUCAGAGAAUCUUGUCUUCACACAGGCAGCACUGCUGAACAGUUUUCCAGACAUCUUCGAUGAGCUGCUGCAGAUGUUCACCGUUCAGGAGGUAGCUGAAUAUGUCAGGGGCACACUAGGAAGCAUGCCCAGCACAGUGGACAUUGGUCAGUCCAUGGACGUGGUCAAACUUCAGUCGAUUGCUCGUACAGUUGAGAGCCGACUCUUCUUCUUUCCCGAGUCCCGGAGUAUUCUGCUGCCAGUCGUCCUGCAUCACAUCCAUCUACAUCUGCGCCAGCAGAGGGAGCUGCUCAUUUGUUCUGGGAUCCUGAGCAGCAUCUUCUCAAUAAUCAAGACCAGCUCCAUGGAGUCCUCUGUUCAGGAAGAAGUGGAAAUGAUGGUGGAGAGUCUUCUGGAUGUGCUGUUGCAGACUCUGCUGUCCAUCAUGAGCAAAUCUCAUUCUGUGGAGACAUCCAGAGGACAACGCUGUCCCCAGUGCACCGCGGAGAUAACGGGGGAGUACGUUUCCUGCCUCCUUUCUCUCCUCAGACAGAUGACAGAGAUCCACUUCCACCAUCUUCUCAACAGUUUCCAUAGCAAGGAGGAACUAAAGGAGUUUCUGUUGAAGAUUUUCUGUGUUUUUCGAAACUUGAUGAAGCUGACUAUCUUCCCCAGAGACUGGAGCGUCAUGCGUCUCCUAACCAGCCACAUCAUCGUAGUGACGACUCAGUUUCUGUCUCCGGCGCUGCACAAAAACUUCUCUGAGGGAGAUUUCGAUUUCAAGGUGUGGAACUCCUUUUUCAGUCUCACUGUCCUCUACAUCAACCAACCCAGUCUGCAGCUGGAAGCACUCCCUCCUGCCAAGAGAAAGAAAACCCUGGACAAGCAUGGGGAUUUGAGAGUAAUAAUGGCAUAUGAGCUCUUCAGCAUGUGGCAGAAAUUAGGUGACAACAAGCCACACUUCAUCCCAGGAAUGAUGGGACCCUUCCUUGGUGUCACCUUAGUUCCUCAGACCGAGGUCCGGAAUAUAAUGAUCCCAAUUUUUCAUGAUAUGAUGGACUGGGAGCAAAGGAAAAAUGGCAAUUUCAAACAGGUGGAGGCAGAGCUGAUGGAUAAGCUGGACAGCAUGGUGUCGGAUGGGAAAGGUGAUGACAACCACAGAGAGCUCUUCAGCUUGUUAACACAGCUGUUUGGUCCUUAUCCAAGCUUGCUGGAGAAGAUUGAGCAGGAGACAUGGAGGGAAACUGGAAUCUCAUUUGUGACAUCAGUCACAAGACUUGUUGAGAGAAUACUGGAUUACAGGGACUGCAUGAAAGGGGACGAGAUGGAGAACAAGAAGAUCGGUGGUUCAGUCAACCUUAUGAACUUCUACAAAUCAGAGGUGAACAAGGAGGACAUGUACAUCCGCUACAUCCACAAACUAUGUGACCUGCAUCUUCAGGCAGAAGAUUUCACAGAGGCAGCGUUCACUCUGCUGCUGUACUGGGAGCUGCUGCAGUGGGAGGACCGGUCUCUGAGGGAUUUUCUCCACUACCCCUGUCAGAGCGAGUGGCAACGCAAAGAAAACCUGAGUCGUAAAAUCCUCCACUACUUCAACAAGGGGAAGUGCUGGGAAUAUGGAAUCUCUCUCUGCCGGGAGCUGGCUUUCCAGUAUGAGACUUUAUAUGAUUAUCAGAGUCUCAGCUGGAUACGGAAAAUGGAGGCAGCGUAUUAUGACAACAUCAUCGAACAGCAGAGGAUCGAGCCGGAGUUCUUUAAGAUGGGCUUCUAUGGGAGGAAGUUUCCUUUCUUCCUCCGGAAUAAGGAGUUUGUCUGCCGUGGUUACGACUACGAACGGCUCGAGGAUUUCCAGCAAAGAAUGCUGGGAGAAUUUCCACAAGCCAUUGCAAUGCAGCACACAAACCAGCCUGAUGACACCAUCCUGCAGAGCGACGCCCAGUACUUGCAGAUCUACGCAGUGACUCCAGUUUCAGACAUCUCUGAUGUGCCUCAGCUGGAGCGUGUGCCUGAGAGGAUCAAGAGUUUCUACCGCAUAAACAAUGUCAGCCGCUUCCACUAUGACAGGCCUUUCCACAAGGGGCCUAAGGACCGAGAGAAUGAGUUCAGGAGUCUGUGGAUUGAGAGAACAACCCUGAUUCUGGCUCGUCCUCUCCCUGGGAUCGCCCGCUGGGCAGAGGUGGAGAGGAGAGAACUGGUGGAGGUGAGCCCACUCGAGAAUGCCAUUUACGUUGUGGAGAAUAAGACCCAGGAGCUGCGGACUUUGAUCAGCCAGUACCAACACAGGCAGCAUCACGGCAACAUCAACCCGCUCAGCAUGUGUCUCAACGGCGUCAUAGAUGCUGCUGUGAACGGCGGCAUCGCCAGAUAUCAGGAGGCCUUCUUCGAUAAAGACUACAUUAGCAGUCACCCCGAAGACACAGAGAGAAUCACGCAUCUGAAGGAUCUGAUGCAGGAGCUGGUGCAUAUUCUUGGAGUGGGGUUGGCAGUUCAUGAGAAACUGGUGCAUCCAGAAAUGCGUCCUCUGCACAAAAAGCUUGUGGACCAGUUCCACAUGAUGAGGACAGGUUUACACCAUUAUGUGAUUGGCUCCCAGCAGUGUGUGCCCGGCAUGGAUCGAUUCGGCCCUGCAGGCUGCCCAGGGGUCAAUUCUCCCAGAGGUAUCCUCUCCUCGCACAACCACAUGAGCCCUGAGAGCGUCCGGCUGAUGCACAGACACAGCCCUCUGAAUUUGCAAGGCUCCAUCCGUCACUCAUCCUCCUCCCUGUCCUCUCACACAUCGAGUGAGGCAGGAAACCUGGUCAUCAUGACUGACGGCCUGAUGGGGGAGCACCCAGAGGAGGCCAUGCACAUGCAGCCGAGCCCGUCGUCUUCUAGUUUGAGUUCAAUCCGCUCCAACUCCUCCCAGAUUAUAAACUCCGCUCCAUCAAGUGCCAGAGGCUCUCCGUCUCUGCCCGAUAAGUCCAAACACAACCGAGAAGUGAUGAUGCUCCUGCCGUCUCACCGUGAGAGGGCCAACAGCUCCAUGUAUUACAACGUGGCAGAGAAUGGACAGCAGCAGAAUAACCACAUGCAGCGUGCCUUACUUCAGCAAGUUAGCCCCUGUAAGCCUUGUGCUGAUCCUCACAUGAAUCUGCCAGAGAAAGUGUUUUCCAAUGCUUCCAGCAACUGGAGUCUGGAUGGAGAGAACCGGGAGCAGAUGAACUACGUCCCGGCUUCUACCGGAGGAGUGAUCAUGCCCCCUGUUCCUCCCAGAUCCUUCCCAUCAGGACAUUUCAUGAUGCACUGUGAUGCAUUUCACCACCAAAACACUGAUCCUCCUCCGGCUUUGCCUGUUCGAUCUCUCCGAAAGUCUCCUCUCCACCCUAUCCCUGGCUCCCCCACCAGCCCUCAGUCAGCUUUAGGUGGAAGUAACUCCACGCUGUCAGGCAGCGCCAGCAGCGGCGUUUCUUCUCUCAGCGAGAGUAACUUCGGCGGCCAGUAUCCCGAUCCUGGUCCCAUCAGGAACGACGCCUUGGAGCCACUUCCCAGCCAUCUGUGGUCCCCCCCUGAUGAGUACAUGCCUUCUCCCUACCUUCACAUCCACUACGGUGGCACAGAAAUUGACUCCAUUGACCCCGUUCGGCCUUUCCAUUACCGCAACCCCGCUUCACACCCACACGGCCACCCGCACCCACACAGUCACCUGCACUCCCACCCUGGGCUUGAGAGCCACUCCCAUGGUCCCUCCCAGCACCACCACAUUCCCACUCACGUUCCCCAUCACAUCCCCUACCGCAGGCCACAGCCUCCAGCCGUGCCGCCCAAACCCUACCUGAGAGAGGGCUGCAUCCCAGAGGAGGAGCUAACUCCUCAGCCCAUCCCACUGCCCCGCAGGAUCUUCCACUCCCCCCACGGCCACAGGGAGGACCCAGGAAAACAUCCUUGGGAGCAGUGCAUCAGUGAGGAGCAUGAGGAGAACCAGUGAGGGGGAGGCUCCAAUCAGAGCGAUCUUGUCUUUAUCUCUUCAUCUGCACUGAGCCAUGACAGCAGUACCAGAGCGUCUCGUGUGAAGCAUGUGUGUGUUCCGGGUUGAUCCCCUAUCACCGUGUAUUUUAUCGCCAGUGCACAUGAAGGGAUGAGAAGGAGUGAAAAUCCACCAAGCUGCAGUCCGAGGCACAAACUACCUUUGCUGCUCCACAUGGCCUCCUAGGCGGGAUUCAAAGAGGAAUCUUCAGAACGAUAACACAAAAGUACUCUGUUCAAAAAUUGAUAUUGAUUGUACACAGCUGUACGAUUCGUCUGUGAGCAUGUUUUUUCAUUUGACAAUUAUAUGAUUCAACGGUUUUUGUGGAACAUUGCAACCAACACGGUGCAGUAUUAGCUCUGAGCGACCUUCGUUUUGCUUUCCAUGUCGGUUUUCACAGCAAACAAACUGCUACUCACAGUGGAUUGACUUCUCUUGUUUAAACGCUUCAUAGAUAUGAAUACUUAUUUUGAUAAAUUUGCUACAUUGUAGUGUUUUCGAAGGCUUAAACCCAUUAUGUUUUUUUCAGACAACACUGUUAAGUGCUCCUUAAUAGUGAAUCAUAUCAGAUGGUGCGCCGCUAUGUGUGUUGCUGCUGGACUCCCAUAAAUCUCAGCUCACUGAAACUGAGCCUGCAGCUCUCUGUUUGGACAUGAGGUACCAAUCUCCCAUCCGUACCACGUGUAUGGACAACGACGUGAAUGUAUUCAGAUGAGAUGUUCUUCUUGUAACCGCACAAGCUGCAAAUCCCAGUUUUCUGUUCAAGCGCUUCAAGUCCAGUUCUUAUCUUAAGUCUUCGUUAGUCCGUUAGUCCUGUGUGCGUGGCAAAGAUAUCUACAGACGAACGAGGGACUGCUGGGAAAACGGAGGACAGAGGCAAACUCGCCUCGCGCCUGUCGGCUUUCAUGUUCAUGGCGAGUACAGGAGGAAGACUCCUCUUCACCCCCCCCCCCUCCCCCGACACUCGUCUCUGCUGGACUUCAGUCACUAACCUUCCUCUCCACGUUUUUCCUUCUGCGUUUGCCGUCAGGUCAGCGGUGAGGUUUGAACCCGCACAGCUGCUGUGGCACCAUCAGGUCACUCCUGAUGGUGUUGGAAUCGCCUACCUGCCUUAAGUGCACUCUAAUGCAGUCUGACCUCUCACCGUUUAGCGGCAGCCAUUUCUUUUUCACUCUGUCCUCUCGCUGAAGGAGAAAACAAAAACAGAGCAGAUAUCGACCUAGUGAUGUUUUUCUAUGGUUUCAUUCUGCUUUGGUUUCAGAUUGCUGUUUGUUUUGUUGUGCUGAUACUUCUGACCUGCCUGAAGCUCUUUCUCAUUCACCUUCUGCUGUUUGACUCUGACGAUGGAGAAGGCUGAAGAUCAACGAGGCAGAGAGCAACGCUCCUAUUUUUAUUUAUUUUUUGCUUUAUUUUUGUGAAGUAGGAGAAACUGCGCUGUUUUCCGUUCCCUUGUUGGUUGGAAGGAUAUAGCUAAUAUUUUACUAAUUCCUUGUUUUCCUGGCAGAUUUUUGCAGGUGGAUGCUUUGUGUUUGUGUACAUCAAGUUGUCAGCUGACUAGACAAGAUCUAUUUUUGUAUGUGAGAUCAUCAGUUGUGUGUGCAUAUCACAGGAACUGACAGAAGGUAUCAGACAGGCUGCUGUAGUUUGUAUGGAUUUGAGGUUGCUAGUUAAAUGCGGCUUUGAGGAUAACAGGCGACUGAAGUGAUACUCAAAUAGGAUUUUUCAAUGUACAUUCUGUUAUUGUACAUACAGCAGUAUUGUGAAAUAUUUUUUUGAGAUUUAUCGCAAAAGCCCUAAAAAACAGAUUUAUUGUUGUUUUGUGUAUAUACAUGUACUCAAGAGAUUAAUGUAAUUGAUAAAUAUCUAUAAUCAGUGUUUGGGAAAGGACAAAUUCAUUAGACUGUGGCCUGUCUCCACCAUACUUCUCAUAUAAAUACUUUAUACACUUUUCAAUGUGCUUUCCUGUACAUAUGGUGUUAGCAUGAUCAAAAAGUGUUUGGUUGUAAAAGUGGUUUUCCUACUCCCAUAACUGCUGUGGUAUGGAAUUCAUUAACAAUGCCAAACAUUAAAGACAAUCUUUUAUCAGCUC